AUGGACGCAUCCACUGUGACGUACCUCUUCGGCGGCAUCGUCCUCGCACUCGCCGGCGUCUGCAUCGCCAACUGCAUCUACAUGCGCCGCCAUCCUGAGGCCAGCGGCCUCGGCGAAGCGCUCCUCAACCGCAACUUUCUCGAGUUCAUGCCGGGCCUCAACCGCCGUGACGUCGAAGAGCUGACGCUCGACAUGGAACGCUGGGAGUGCUCAGUAUGCGCCUUUAUGAACCUCGUGACCAAGCCGAUCUGCAGCCUCUGCAGCACCCACCGAGAUUACCGCCUCAUUGAGUUCUACUCGGACACGGUGCCGGCGCGCGAGCCCGAGAAGCCGUCGCGCUCGAUGAGCCAACGCGCGUCCAAGUCGUUGCAGCGACAAACGUCCAAGUCAUUCCAGCGGCUCUCGUCAUUUUUCCAAAAAGUCAUUUUACCAGAGGACUUGAACCCGCGCCAGCGAAGCGCUCGCAUGCGCAAGCAGUGGACGCGGCAACUGGAUUCCAAGGGCAACGUCGUCUGGGCGCGUCAUUUCCUCGACACGGAAGAAUGCCCCGCGUCCUUUGUGAUCCAAACGGGUCCCAUCCGCCACGAAGUCGGCGAGUCCAAUGGUCCGGACGUCUCGGUGACAGUCAUCAUCCACGACUCGACGACGCUCGCGUCAGCCGAGACACCGGGCUUGGACGCGAUCAAAACCAUUGCCUGGAUGCCCAUCGAGGGCAUCAAUGCGGCGACAACUGUCACCGGUCUCCGUCUCUUGUCGUCAACCUGGUCGUCGCUGCUGCCGAUUUCUCGUCUUCCGUUUUCGCUCAAAUAUGCGUGGUUUCUGCACCAAGUGUCGGACCUCAUCGUGCCCUACGCCGACUUACAUAUUCAAACCAAAGUCCAGCGCGCCCGUGUCUUUGAGGAGGCGCUCGAGAACCUCUUGGGCAUCAGGGGCCAAGGGCUCUGCGCGAUCAUUCGCUACAACUUUGUCGGCGAGUCGGGCUUGGACGCCGGCGCGAUCCAGCGCGAGUGGUAUACGCUCGUGGCCCACGCGCUCUUGCACGAAGAGUCAGGACUCUUUACUAUUUCCAACCGCGACGACAACUCGUACUUCAUCAACCCCAACUCGGCCCACGACACGCGUCAUCUGGACGUGCAACUCGAGCACCUCGAGCUCUUCCGCGCGGCCGGUCGCUUCAUCGGACGCGCGCUCCUGGACGGCCAAGUGCUGCCAAUUCAGCUCAGCCCCGUUCUCUUCAAAGCGCUUUUGGGUGUUCCCAUGACACUCGAUGACAUUGAGAGCCUCGACAAGACCACGUAUACGAGCUUGCAGUACAUUGUGCAAAAUGAGCACGUGGAAGACUUGGCGCUGACGUUCUCGGUGACGCAGUGCUAUGGCGACCGCAUGCUCGAAGUCGAUUUGGUCGAGAACGGACACGACUUGGCCGUGACGGACGCCAAUAAGCACGAGUACAUUGCGCUCAUGGUCCGACACUUGCUCUUUGGCCGCGUCGAAACGCAGCUGCUGGCGCUCAUCGAAGGCGUCUACGACGUCCUGCCCCCCGAGCUGCUUACGGCCUUUGACCACAAGGAGCUCGAGCUCAUUCUCUGCGGUCUCCACGAAAUCGAUUUGGCCGACUGGCAGGCCAACACGGUCACAUCGUCCAAUCUCGACAACACGCCGGUUCUCGAGUGGUUCUGGAACAUUGUGGCAAGCCUGCCCCAAGAAGACCAAGCCAAGCUCUUGCAGUAUGCAACGGGCGCGUCGCGCGUGCCGGUCCAGGGCUUCAAGGGCUUGACGAGCUACGACGGCAAGAUCUGCUACUUCACACUGAAAGGCGUCGCGUACAAGCAAGGCGUCUACCCGGUCGCGCACGCAUGCUACAACCGCAUCGACCUGCCGCUGUAUCCAAGCGAAGAGCUUCUUGAAGACGCGCUCAAGACGCUCCUCCUCUCGGACCCGACGGGCUUCAACAUCGAGUAG